AUGCAUAAAUUCAUCAGCCUCCGAGCCUCUCAGACUCUGCCAAGUACUGCCAGUGAUUGGAUGAUUGCGCCAAUGGAUGGUCAAUCGCAUAGUGAGACUCUAAUGCCAGGCUUCGCCUCGAAGAUCUCGCACGACCAUACGGAUGUCGACGUCCUCAAUUCCUCGUCGGAGAAAACGGAAGCAGAAGCAAUGCGCGAUAAACCAUCUGAUUCGACGACUGUCACCCGGAGGACUUUCUAUGCAUCUGACAAGAAGGCCGUCUGCGAGAUGUAUGUGGCACAUCCUGGCAUAACGCAUCAACGAGUUGCGGAUCGGUUCGGAAUCAGUAAAUCCAUGGUCACUCGCAUCCUGAAGGACCGAGACGAAUGGUUCAUGUCCAAGCAUGCAGACGGUUCGCGGUUCGCGCGAAAAGGGGAAGAUCACACCAUUCUCAGCGACAAAAUGAUCAGGGAGCAGGCCAUACUGAUGGCAGAAAAACUGGGUAUGAGAGGGGAAGGCUGCAUAUAUCAGUUCCGCUGCGGACGAACGUGGCUGCGCCAGUUCAAAGAACGAUUUGGUAUCGUCGACGGCGUGGCUACGCGCCUCGGCUACACGGAGACUGAUCUGGCAAGGGAGAAGGCAUUCGGUUCCUUCCCCCUCGACAUGUGGAUUUGGCUCCAGCUGCCAGACGAACAUGGGAACUAUCCGCAGCGCCCCCCUCGUUGCAAGAGUGAAUUCGACGAUAUGGACUUCGAGAUUAUCGGCGAUUUCGUAGCAUAUACGCCGCGUGCAGGAUCCAGGCCCGCGGAGAGGAGUUUCCUCCAACCCACCGAAUCGACGUCACACGAACCGGUCGUAGCGAACUCGUCGCCUCCAUACAGCUCACCCGAUGCGCCUGCCAUGCCAUUUCUGUUCCAAGCACCCAUCUUGUCUUUCGAUACCUCUACAACGUACUUUGCCGGAUAUGGCGAUGAUCUCGCUGUAGAGAGCGUUGAUCGGUCGCCCCAGAACGAUUCGAUCCUCGCACCUUUGCUCGGUGAAUCGUAUGUUCAUAACGUAUUCCAAGACCCUCUCAUGGAUGGUGAUUUCAUGGGAAUGGGAGGCAUAGGGUCCUAG